AUGUCAACAGAAAAACUGGAAAAAAUUCUUUUAUUAACACCUUCACUUAUCCAUCUGAAAUUGGUUUCAACUAGAUCAAGAAUUGAUUCGAUAUCUGAUGGUUCUUACUGGGAACAAUUUAUUCUAAAUCGUUUACGUUUACUAGAUAAAUUUGAAUUUUUUUUCACUUGUAAUAAUAUUGAUUUCAAUGUUGACGCUACGUUCGACUCACUUAUUCGACCAUUCCAAAGUCCAUUCUGGCUAAAUCAUAAGAAAUGGUUAGUUACCUGUGAUUACAUUUUACCGAGCUCGCAAAUUAGACUUUAUACCGCACAAGCAUGUACGAAUAUUGCAACAGAAUUUACUACAUUUGAAGUAUCAUCAAUAAAUUCAAAAUGUCGCUGUAUUUUUCGUGCGGAUAAAAAUAUGUCCAACAACAUUACAAAAGUGACACUAACAACACUUUAUCUGUCCAAUAACGAAAUAGGUGAUAUCGGAGCACAACAGUUAGCCGAUGCAUUACGAAACCACGAAACACUUAUGAAUUUAGGUCUUUCAGGAAACAGGAUAGGAAAUGAUGGAGCGAAAUAUCUCUACUAUAGAUUGAGAGAAAAUAAAGCACUCAUCAAACUAGAUCUUCAGCACAAUCCAGGAAAAUAUUGUAAAUUGAUACUAUCAACACUUGAUCUCUCCAACAAUGAAAUAGGUGAUAUUGGAGCACAACAAUUAGCCGACGCAUUACGAAAUCAUCAAGCAUUAACUUUUCUAGACCUUAGUAAUAAUAAAAUAAGCAAUAAUGGAAUUCAAUAUCUUCAUGAUAUCUUCAAAGAAGAUAAAACACUUAAGAAACUGAUACUUCAAAAGAAUCCUGGUAGCUAUUGUGACGCAGUGACUGCAGCGAUUGAAAUACGAAAUAAUAAGACGAUUACUAAAAUAAAUCUUAGUGGGAAGAAUAUUGGUGAUGAUGGAAUUAAAUGUAUCAGUGAAGCAUUACAUAAUAAUCAAACAAUAGCAGAACUAAAUAUUUCAAAGAAUGAAAUUGGAGAUAUUGGAGCACAAUAUUUAGCUGUUGCAUUACAAAACAAUCAAACCCUAAAUUUGCUUAUAUUGGGAGAAUAUUACGAAAAGAAACAAGAAAAUAGUGUUCGAUACUUAUACUCCAACUCAUCUUCACCAGGUCAGUACCAGAAUCGAAUUGGAGACGAUGGAGCAAAGCAUUUGGCUGAUGCAUUAGAAACGAACAGAAGUCUGACAAUAUUAGAUCUAUCCUGUAACAGAAUUGGAAAUGUUGGCGUAAAAUACAUUGCCGAAGCAUUACAAAAGAAUAAAUCGAUAAGCAAACUGAAUCUUGGAAAUCAGGAUAAAGAAAAUUCGAUUGGAGAUAUUGGUGCACAACAUCUCGCCGAUGUAUUACAACAUAAUGCAACUUUAACUAUCUUGGAUCUUUCUUCCAAUCAAAUUGGAGAUAUUGGCGUACAAUAUUUAGCCGAUGGAUUACGGAAUAAUAAAACAUUAAUCAUUCUCGAUCUUGAAGCAAAUCGAAUAGAAAACAAUGGUUUGGAAUAUUUAAAUAAUGUUCUACAAGAUAAUAAAACACUUACGAAAUUGGAACUGAAAAAAAAUCCUGGCAACUAUUGUGCAGCUGUGAGUGCAGCAGUUCAAAUACGAAACAAUAAAUGUAUCACAAAAAUAUAUUUUCGUAGUGUGAGUAGUGCUGAUAAUGAAAUUAUAUUUAUCAGUGAGGCAUUACAUAAUAAUCAAACAAUUACGGAAUUAGAUCUUUCACACAAUAAACUUGGUGUAAAAGGAAUCCAAAUUUUAUGUAAUAUACUGCAAAAUAAUACCACAAUCACUUCAAUUGAUAUUUCAAAUAAUCAAUUUGGAGAUAAUGGGGCAAAGCAUCUAGCUGAUGUUCUGAAAACUAACACAACAUUGACGAAACUGAUCAUUCACGAUAAUGAUUUUGACAAUGAGUUUUUAAUCAAGGACACUGGAGCGGAAUAUUUAGGUGAAGCUUUAAAAACUAAUAAAACAUUACAAGAAUUGAAAUUAAGUAUGAAUCCAAGAGGAUACUGUGCAGUUGUAGAGGCAGUUGUCAAACUACGAAACAAAAGUAUUACCACAAUAGAUCUGUACGCACACGAAAUAAAAAACAAAGAAAUACAAUAUCUGGCUAGAGAAUUAGAAAAUAAUCAAACAUUAAUUGAAUUGGAUCUUGGAGGCAAUAAAUUAACGCAAAAUGAAGCAAGAUACCUUUCUGAUGUUUUAAGAAACAAUAGAACAUUAAGAGAACUAAGUCUUAGUUACAACGAAAUUAGAGAUGCUGGAAUACAAUACUUAGCUAAUGCCUUAUACAAUAAUACGACGCUGACAACAUUAAUUCUUGAGGGGACCAAAAUUGGACAUUUUGGAGCACAAUAUCUAGCUAAUGCUUUAACAAGCAAUAAAACACUUCUUACGCUUAAUAUUAAAUCAAAUCAUAUUCAAAAUAUUGGUGCACAACACUUAGCUUCUGCCAUGAAAUAUAAUCAAACAUUACAAGUAUUGAAAGCUGGUGAUAAUCAAGUUUCGUAUAAACUCAGAAAUCGCUUGACAACAGAAGAUAAAAGAUGGUGUUUUGAGAUAGAAAGUCGUAUUUCUUCGGAUGAAUGUUAUUAUGAAUCAGAUUAA